UCUCGGCUUUUGCGAAGAUGCAGCUCAAACCGAUGGAGAUUAACCCGGAGAUGCUGAACAAAGUGCUGACAAGGCUCGGGGUCGCCGGCCAUUGGCGCUUCGCGGACGUGCUGGGACUGGAGGAGGAGUCUUUGGGCUCGGUGCCAGCACCUGCUUGCGCGCUGCUGCUGCUCUUUCCCCUCACGGCCCAGCAUGAGAACUUCAGGAAAAAACAGAUUGAAGAGCUGAAGGGACAAGAAGUCAGUCCUAAGGUGUACUUUAUGAAGCAGACCAUUGGCAACUCCUGUGGCACCAUCGGGCUUAUACAUGCAGUAGCCAAUAAUCAGGACAAACUGGAGUUUGAGGAUGGAUCGGUUCUGAAACAGUUUCUUUCUGAAACAGAGAAGUUGUCUCCGGAAGACAGAGCAAAAUGCUUUGAAAAGAAUGAGGCUAUCCAGGCUGCCCAUGAUGCUGUGGCCCAGGAGGGACAGUGCCGGGUAGAUGACAAAGUGAACUUUCAUUUUAUUCUGUUUAACAACGUGGAUGGCCACCUCUAUGAACUUGAUGGUCGGAUGCCUUUUCCGGUGAACCAUGGCGCCAGCUCAGAGGACUCGCUGCUGCAGGACGCCGCCAAGGUCUGCAGAGAAUUCACUGAGCGUGAGCAAGGCGAGGUCCGCUUCUCGGCCGUGGCGCUCUGCAAGGCGGCCUAAUGCCCAGUGCGGGCCCUUCGCUUUAUCCCCGUUCUCCCUCCAUGGUGAAAAGUAUAUCCCUUCCUAUGCGGUCUACACUGCUUCAGUACCCGUAGAGCACAGCUGUCUCCUUGGGGUCUGCAGAUAAGCGCUUCCCCUCAGCCAUGCCCACGCCCCUUGCCGAGCUCAGCUGUCGAUGGAGCAAGUUGGAUGUUGGCCUCUGAUGGCAAAGCGUUCCCCUCACUGUGUGUCUUGUGCCUCAAUAUCUAAUGCUUUAACGGCUACUUUGGUUUGUGUCUGUGACUUUAAGGCCUUUGGAUGUGGUUU